UUCCAUGGAUUUUCUAAUUGAUGGAGAGAUUAUCAAUGGAGAGAAAUAGGGAUUUUUUGUAGGCAUUUCUUCUGAUUUAAUUGAUUUUGAGCUGAAUUGCAAAUUUGUGUGUAAAAUUGAUAACAAUCAUUUGUUGCUUUAAGAUUGGUUGUCUUUGUUCGUUGACUGCAGCUUGCCCUAUUUCUAUUUUGUGGGUCUAAUCAUAUGAGUUAAAUGAUUCGAACCAUGAGCUUUCUCUUAAUAGCCAGAGUUCUAGUGCUCAACUUUGGUGUAACAUGGUUAAACUUAGAGGGUGCUUGAAAGAUGAGGACUUGGAGAUUGGGCUUCUUGAGUAAACACUCUAUGAUGCUUAGAAUGCUAGCAAAAUUGUAUUUAGUCAGUGGCCUUCUACUCUAUUGUUACAAUGUUCUUUUCUUUAUAAGUUAGCUAUGGAUUCAUAUCUAGUAGAUAUACUCCCACCAAUAAUAACAAGCCAAAAACUUGAUGCUCUUCGUAGUAGAUAUAUUCUAAGAUACUUAGUUCUUGUAAUUAUUCAUUCUACAAGUAUGUGUGCUGCAAAUUUGUCAUUUCCACUAUGAAAUAGGCGAUUGAUAUUAAGGAAAUAUGAACUUACAACCAUUGGACAUUAUUGCCUUUUGAAUAUUAUGUAUCAAACUGAAGGAGAAAAUAGACAAUGGCUCUAAGGCGCAUGCUUGGAUUCUCUGAUGGAGAAUUGAUGCGUUCGGAUGCAAAGCCUUGUUCACGGCUGAUGAGGCACACUGCUGGAAUUUGUUCAGUUGGAGGAGCAUUGGGCUUUUGGACUCUCUGCCGCUUGUAUUAUGGUCCUAGAAUAACAGUUCCUCGAACUCUUAGGUGGGCUGCUUGUGGUGCUGUCUCUAUGAGCGCAUCCACAGCUUUGUUGGUUCGUCUACUCAGCCCUGAAUGUGAACCCCAAAACGUAGCUUCCUACGACCAGAAACGAUAACGUUGGUGGCACGUUGCUUACUUCUU